CGAGAGCAGCGCACGAGUAUACCAGGGUUCCGAUCAUGAUGAACCGAAAGCGAUGAUGGUGAUGAUCUCGGUGACGACAACCAUGAUGGAGCCCAGAGUUGGACUGGAGUGAAGUAGCAGCAGAAGAAGACGAAGUGGCAGGCAGUGCGCCAUCUCCGUAGAGAUAAGAAGUGAUAUUAUAAUUACCAAGUGUUCAUCUCAUGUGGAUAGUAGAGUAUCGUAAGGACUGAAUGCAUUUGGCGAACCAGUGCGAAUCUGUCUCUGACGUGUAACUAGUGAUAACAAGCGACCAGAAUAAAAAAAAAACGAUAUUACCUCAGACGUGCUUACAUCAUCCUGCUGAAAUACUAGCGUUCUACUGUGUGUUCUCGAGAAGCGAAGAAGAAUCAGAAAAGAUCGGAAAAAUGUCGAAGAAACCUACGGCGGGACCAGCGCUGCACAAGGUCAUCAUGGUGGGCAGCGGUGGCGUUGGAAAAUCGGCACUCACACUACAGUUCAUGUACGACGAGUUCGUGGAGGACUACGAACCGACCAAGGCGGACAGCUACCGGAAAAAGGUGGUCCUGGACGGCGAAGAGGUACAGAUCGACAUCCUGGACACGGCCGGCCAGGAGGACUACGCGGCCAUCCGCGACAACUACUUCCGCAGCGGUGAAGGGUUCCUGUGCGUGUUUUCAAUCACCGAAGACGACAGCUUUCAGGCGACACAGGAGUUUCGGGAACAGAUAUUGCGUGUGAAAAACGACGAGAAUAUCCCGUUCCUGCUCGUCGGCAACAAGUGCGAUUUGAACGACAAACGGAAAGUGCCACUGGCCGAGUGCCAGGCCCGUGCGCAGCAGUGGGGUGUGCCAUACGUCGAAACGUCGGCGAAGACGCGCGAAAAUGUCGAUAAGACUUUCUACGACCUGAUUCGGGACAUUUCCAAUCGCAAGAAGAAGAGCCAGGAGACGGUACAGCAACCGAAGCGGGAGAAACGCCACUGCUGCCAGUUGCUAUAGAAACAGCAACACACACACACACACAGACAGCAAAAAUAAUUGGCGACGAACGCGUGGCUUGUUGCAGGCUUAGGAUAAAAAUCUUAUGCAUAUUCUCCGCAUAUGCAGAUAUUUCGCUGGAACCGCACGUGCAUCAUCAUCGUAAUUAGUUUUUAGUUUAUCCCGUCAUCGUCGUCGUUGUUGUCAUCUUUGUGUAAGCAAUAAAUCGAAAAAAGAAUGGAUAUUGACAGUUCUCAAGCGUUCUAUUUACUUUGCGUUUUUAAGUUAUGGAUCUAUUUCAAAUCGUUGUACAAAAUUAUACUGCGAGAGCAAAUACCUACAUUUAAAGCGAGAAAGAGAGGCAAGGAGCAAGAAUCGCUUUGCAUGCUUAAGUUUUCGAUUUUAAAAUGCUCUUUAAAAGCUUAAGGAAAAAAUCCGAAUGCAAAUCAUAACCUCACUUCUUGUGCCCGAGGAAGUGUGGGACGGAGGAAAAUCAAGAACAAAUUAAACAAAAUUCGUUGUCGAAGUAAUUAUAUACACAACAGGUAUCACAUCAUCAUCCGUAUGUUUAAGAGUAAACAAAUAAUAAAACAAAAAAAAAACAUCUAAACCCUACCCGGGAAGCAACAGUCAGAGAUAUUAUGUCAGGUUUAAGCGAGCUAAUUACAUUUAAAGAGAAAUGUGCAAGGUUUUUUUUGCUAUGGAAAAGCUGGAAAGAAACAAUCUCUCACAAAAAUCAAUAAAGACAACAAUGAAUUUGACAUUUGUGACAA